CCAGAAAUAAUUAAAUAGAUAAAAUGGAAGGAGAAAAAGACAGAGCUUCAUAUCUGCACCGCAGACUUUGUACUACGAAAGCAAAUUUAAUGCUUUUAUUAUAUAUCUCGAGAUCUGGUUCGAGACAGAAACACACAAAAAAAUAUCUCAAAAUCUAUUCCAUUAAAGACGACAGAAGAAAUAUAUAAAAAAAAAAACAUUAAAAAACGAAGUGAAACUGAAACACGACACGGAUUGUGUAAAGGAAACAAAAAAGAGUUUAAAAGAGAGAGGAAAGAAAAGGAAAAACAAAGUUAUCUUUUUUGGUUUGAGUUUGGUUUGUUAGAUUCUAUCCUCUUUGUGUUUCCAAAUCGGAAUUGAUGGCGGAUAAGGAAGAACAAGAGGUUGAACAUCAGCAAAAGCAACCUUUGACGUCAAAAUCAUCAACCGGAGGUUCAUCACGGCCAACGAUCUCACUCCCUCCUCGACCCUUUGGAGAAAUGUUUUUCAGCGGUGGCCUUGGAUUCAGUCCUGGUCCUAUGACCCUCGUCUCCAAUCUCUUCUCCGAUCCUGAUGAGCUCAAAACCUUCUCUCAGCUUCUCGCCGGAGCUAUGGCUUCUCCGGUGGCUGCUGUCGUCGCUACUGCUCAUCAGACGCCAGUGAGUUCCGUCGGUGGAAGCGGCGGUGAUGUUGACCCGAGGUUCAAACAAAAUAGACCGACGGGGUUGAUGAUUGCACAGCCACCGGCGAUGUUCACCGUCCCGCCGGGGUUAAGUCCGGCGACGCUUCUUGAUUCUCCGAGCUUCUUUGGUCUCUUCUCACCCAUUCAGGGAUCAUUUGGUAUGACACACCAACAAGCUUUAGCACAAGUCACUGCACAAGCAGUUCAAGGCAAUACUAGUGUCCAAUCACAAUCCGAACAUCCUUCCUCUACACAACAACAACAAGAGACUUCUUCUGAACCUAUGUCCCAGCUUCCCGCCCCGGCUCAGAGAGAUACCGUGGAAGUAUCCGUCUAUGAGCAUCGGUCAUCACAGCCUCAAAGUGCUGAUAAACCAGCUGAUGAUGGAUACAACUGGAGAAAAUACGGACAGAAGCAAGUCAAAGGCAGCGAUUUUCCUCGGAGUUAUUACAAAUGCACGCAUCCCGCGUGUCCUGUCAAGAAGAAAGUCGAGAGAUCUCAGGAUGGGCAAGUAACGGAGAUCAUCUACAAGGGCCAGCACAGUCACGAACCUCCACAAAACAAGACUAAGAGAGACAAUAACGGGAGUUCUAGAAGUUCUGAUGUUGCAACUCAGUUUCAAACCAGUAAUACAGCUGGUCUCAACAAGAAUAAGAGAGACCAGGAAACAAGCCAGGUUACUACUACAACAACGGAGCAGAUGUGUGAAGCAAGUGAUAGCGAGGAAACUAGUGUGGAGCCUGAUCCCAAGAGAAGGAAUAUGGAAGUGCGGGUUACAGAACCAGUUACUUCAACGCAAAGAACAGUGACAGAGCCUAGAAUUAUAGUCCAGACAACGAGUGAAGUUGAUCUCUUGGAUGAUGGAUUCAGAUGGCGCAAGUAUGGUCAGAAAGUAGUCAAAGGAAAUCCUUAUCCUAGGAGCUACUAUAAGUGUACAACACCGGGAUGUGGAGUGAGGAAACAUGUAGAGAGAGCAGCGAACGAUCCUAAAGCUGUUGUGACAACAUAUGAAGGGAAACAUAACCAUGACGUUCCAGCUGCUAGAAAUAGCAGCCAUCAGUUAAGACCAAACAACAAUCUACACAACACCACGAUGGAUAGCAUGAAUCAAGAACAGCGUGUUGCGCGUCUGAGGCUUAAAGAAGAGCAAAUCACUUGAGCAAACCACAGGCUCCUAUGGACAGAAUGAUAAAAUACAAUUUCAGAAGGUAUAUUUGCUUCCAUGCUGGAAUCUUUUGUGUAAAGCUUUAACGCUUUAGGAUGUAAUGUAAAAACCAGAUUCGAGAUUCUGGUCAUAUGUGGAUUCUUUUGUACAUGGGGAAAGACUGUUACAAGGAUCUUUUUGUUCUUCUGAUAAUAGGUUACAGUUUUUGAAUCAAGUGUCUUCUUGUAAUAACAAUGUUUGUAAGAAAAAAUGAAAUCUUUCAUGGAAAAUGAUUCAAUA